GAGUUCAAUUAUCCUAAUCUGAGUUUUGAAUAAUAAGAAAACAAUGUCUGAUGAGGAGCACCAUUUCGAGGCUAAGGGUGAUGCAGGAGCAUCAAAAACAUAUCCACAACAAGCUGGAACCAUUAGGAAGAAUGCUUACAUUGUUAUCAAAAACAGACCUUGCAAGGUUGUAGAGGUUUCAACUUCGAAAACUGGGAAGCAUGGACACGCGAAGUGUCACUUUGUUGGUAUUGACAUUUUCACUGGGAAGAAGCUUGAAGAUAUUGUCCCAUCUUCCCAUAACUGUGAUGUUCCUCAUGUCAACCGAACUGACUACCAGCUCAUUGAUAUCUCCGAGGAUGGAUUUGUGAGUCUGCUCACUGAGACGGGUGGCACUAAGGAUGAUCUUAAGCUUCCAAGUGAUGAAAGUCUACUUUCACAGGUAACUUGUAUGCAGAUCAAGGAUGGAUUUGCUGAGGGUAAGGAUUUGGUCGUGUCAGUUAUGUCUUCCAUGGGCGAGGAGCAGAUUUGUGGCCUUAAGGACAUUGGCCCCAAGUAGUAGGCCAUGUUCCAUACUUCCAUGUCACUUUAAUGCUGGAACUGGAAAGCAUAAGUUGCAAAGAAGAUUAUAAAUAGCAAUCUUUCUUUUCCCUUUUAAUUAUACUUAUAUGGUUUUAUGUGCUAAUUUAUGCCAAAAUGUGCACCAUUCUUGAAAUGU